AUGCCUACAUUCGCUUCUUCCUGCCCGAGCGGCACCCCAGUUUCGUCGGCUCCCUCAAUGUCGAUGCCCGCGAAAUCCAUCCUCAAAGUCCCGGCGGCGAUGGGUCAGAAACGCAAGAAGAUCGAGAUCGAUCUCUCUUCUGACAUCUCCAACGGCUCCGACUCGAUAGAAACGCUUCUUCCAAGUAAAAAGCGCGCGAGAGUAACGUUUGAAAUGGAUAUUCCUGAUAAGAAAGCGUACGGAGCCGGUGGUGUGCAAGCUAUCCAUGAGAAUAACGGUGCUGCAGUUCGCGAGAAGAGUACCGCUUUGGUACGAGAGGAAGUUAGCCGCGCCAUUCAACGUCAUUUAGUUGGGGAUAGCGAUGCGUACGAUCGUUUGAAGGAAAUAUUUUCGGUCGAUCCGAAGGCGCUGGAACUGGAUGGGUCCCCGGUUUAUGAUCUGCCUACACAUACCUCCUUGAAGAACCAUCUUUUAGGUCUAUUGAGUAAUGUUUCAGCGCUUGAUAGCACCUGCAGUGGACUUGUGCAUGCGGUCCUUCGAAGUGAAUGGCUUGGCAGAGACGAGUCCUACGUCAAACUUUUCAUCAGAUUCUUAGGUACUUUGGCUGCGGCUCGGGGUGGGUAUUUGACUGCGGUGUUGAAAAUGCUGGUGAACAAUCUCUGUGAAGUUCCUUCUGGUGCUGGCAGGCUGCCUGGUUACUCCACUGUUCGCAACUUUGAAAUUUAUGAUAGAGUCCAUCUUGCAAUCCAAUAUAUCAUCCAAUUGAUUCCUACCGGAAGCGUCACCUUAUCUCCUAUCCUCUCGUCCGGCUUCCCUCACGAUACAGAUACGGCCAAAUCGCAUAUCGUAUUUACACGCAAUCUAAUUAAAAUGAUUGAUUAUGCACCCGAGCUGCGGUCUGAUAUUCUAGCUCUAAUCACCGAGAAGCUAGUCAAAAUUGAUGUACAAAUUCAGGUCGACCUAGAUGACUUGGAAGAUGACGAUGAAGAAAAGCUUCAUCGUGAGAUCACAGCUGAGGCUUUCGCUGUAGAAGACCAUGCUUCGGAUGAUGAAGAAAGUGUUAUCAGCGAUGACGAUAGCACUAGUCCUGAAAUGCAGCGAUUCAAAGCACUCAAAGACAACGUUAGAAAAGUUGAUUAUAUGCUGGAUCUGCUGUUUGAAUACUACUCUGGUCCAUUCAGUCACGGUAGCUCAGACGACAAGGAGAACAGUUUAGACCUUCUUCUUGCUCACUUUCAGAACAUCAUUCUCCCUGCAUAUCGCUCCCGCCACUCCCAGUUUCUACUUUUCCAUUACUCGCAGUCCUCUCCGAUCUUGAUCGAUCGAUUUGCGACAGUCUGCAUACAGUUCAUCUACAGCAAGUCACAUCCGUCAGUCCUUCGACAAUAUGCUGCCGCUUACCUCGCGAGCUUCGUGGCUAGAGGCGCCCAUGUGACUAGCGAAGUUGUGCGUGAUGUGUUUGAUCUUUUAUGCGCGCAUUUAGAGAGCCUUAUCAGUGAGUAUGGGCCUAACUGCCGUGGACCGGACCUCCGCCGCUAUGCUACUUUCUAUGCAACUGUCCAAGCGGUUCUUUAUAUGUUCUGUUUCCGCUGGAGGGAUCUUACCACGGCAGCCCAGGAAGGAGACAUCAACCUGCAAAGCGAGCUUGAUUUAGACCAAGUCCGCUUUCCCCCCGAUAUCAGCAACGUCCUCCACAGAGCCAUCCAUUCCAAACUCAACCCGUUGAAAAUCUGCUCCCCCACGAUUGUCCGCGAAUUCGCCCGCAUCGCUCAUCAUGUUGGAUUCAUGUACGUCUUCCCGCUGCUCGAGACCAACAAGCGCAUCCGCAUUUUCACGUUUCGAUCCUCUAUCUCGAUGGACUCCCGCUUUGGACAGAUUGAGCGCGAGACGCGAGCGGAUAACAGUCUAGGCUCCCAGAUGGAUGCUUAUUUUCCAUUUGAUCCUUACAAUCUACCACGAAGCCGACGGUGGCUAGUGGGUGAUUAUGUGGAGUGGCGCGGUGUGCCGGGUUUAAGGGAUGAUGAUAAGGAAGAUGACGAUACUGAUGGGGGUUAUGAUGAAGAGGACGAACUUGGCCAUGCGACUGGGACUGAUGAGGACGACCAUUGA